AUGGAAAUCAACAACAGUUUACGCUCCGUCAAAUCUCAUAUUUCUUUGAGUAAUUGUACAUGGCUUUUUAUUACAAUUCUUUUACAGGUUUUCAUUAUAGUCUACCUCAACCGUGCUUCGCCGGCGCCGCCGUCUCUACCCUCCAUCCGCCACCAGUUUCAGGCCCCUUCUCCAGAAGAUCAAACUUGCAAAUACGGAAGGAUAUACGUAUACGACCUUCCACCUGCUCUCAACAAAGAGCUUUUAGAAAAUUGCAGGGAUUUAGAUCCCUGGAGUUCCCGGUGCAACGCCGUGUCUAACGAUGGUUUCGGGCCGAGAGCCACGGGCCUCGACGGAGUCGUGCCGGAGAAUCUUGCUCCAGCAUGGUACUGGACAGAUAUGUAUGCUGCUGAAGUGAUUUAUCAUGCCAGAAUGUUGAAUUAUAAGUGUAGAACCCUAAAUCAAGAAGAGGCUAAUGCUUUUUAUAUUCCAUUUUAUGUUGGACUUGCAGUAGGGAAGUAUUUAUGGUUUAAUUACACAUCAAAAGAUCGAGAUCAUCAUAGUUUGAUGAUGCUCAAUUGGGUUAAAAAUCAGCCUCCAUGGAUUACCACCAACGGCUCUGAUCAUUUCAUCAUGCUGGGGAGAUUAACAUGGGAUUUUCGAAGAUUGACAGAUAGUGACACUGAAUGGGGAACAAGUUUCAUAUACAUGCCUUUGAUGAAAAAUAUUUUGCGUUUAUCAGUAGAAAGAAGUCAAUGGGAUCCAAUGGAAAUCAGCGUUCCUUAUCCCACUGCAUUCCACCCUCGAUCCGAAUCCGAUAUACUUCAAUGGCAAGACACUCUUCGUGCACGAAAACGAACAAGUCUCUUUUGUUUUGUUGGCGCUACGCGUAAAAAGAUCAAAAAUGAUUUUCGAGGGGUACUAAUGAGUUAUUGUAAGAACGAAUCCGAGUCGUGUAGGGUCGUAGAUUGCUCGAUAACACAUUGUUACGACGGUGCACCCUCGAUUCUUGAAGCCUUUUUGGAUUCGGAUUUUUGCCUACAGCCUAAAGGGGAUGGUUUUACUAGAAGAUCUAUGUUUGAUUGCAUGUUGGCCGGUUCGAUCCCGGUUUAUUUUUGGAGAGGAAGCUUUGAAAAUCAGUAUGAAUGGCAUAUGCCUUUAGAAGCAGAAACUUAUUCAGUGUUCAUUGACCAUAAGGAUGUGAGAAAUGGAACUUCCAUUAGAAGAGUUUUGGAGGGUUAUAGUAGAGAAAAAGUUAGAAAAAUGAGAGAGAAAAUAAUUAAUUUUUUGCCCAAGUUUUUGUAUGGAAGAUCUGAUUCGAGUUUAGGGAAUUUUACAGACGCGUUCGAUAUUUCCAUGGAUGGAGUUUUGAGAAGGUUUAAGCACGAAAAGGCUAUGAGGGGAUGA